UCGCUGCACUAGUGUCGGCUAUUUGCACACGGCUCCAUGUCUGCCCUUAUAUGGUGUAUAGUGGGCAUUACGUGUGCUAAUUACAAACAUGAGAUCAAGUGUGAUUCAUCAUUCAGCACACCUGGAUUAGAGCAGAUGUGGACGCAUUAUGUCUGGAUGUGUCAACUGGGUUGCUGGGCUGCUCUGCGCUUGGACUGUGAUGUUGGGACCUAUGGGACAACCUGUGGGCAAGAGGGAGGACAAGUCAGUUGUCGCUCCUCAGAUGCAAUGGCUGAGGGAAAUGAGGAUGCCAACUCCUGCACCUGCAAAAGAGUUCACUGUCGAGCAUUAUGUACGUCAGUCUGAGUUGCUGUCUGCUGCAGAGGAGGAGUUUGUCCUGAAGAGGAAACAAGUUGCACUGGAGUCGCUCAACAGCCUGGGAAUCAAGUCCACAUUGGACUCUGUUCCUCACAUCAGCCUCUUGGCAUCAGGGGGAGGCCAGAGGGCAGCUGUGGGUUUGGUGGGUUCUCUCUAUCAGAUGGAAAAGGAAGGUGUGCUGGACACUGUGCUCUACCUGGGAGGACUUUCUGGCUCUGCCUGGUCCAUGUCCUCCCUGUACAGCGACCCAAAGUGGAGCCAUAACCUGGAAGGAGCAGUGUCCAGGCUGUCGGGUCCUGCGGUCAGGGUGGACCAGGCUCUGGCCUGGUUGAAUGAGAGGUCAAAGGAGGAGCACUUCUCUCUCACUGAUGUUUGGGGGCUUUUAACCUCUGCUGGGAUCAUGAAACGGUUGGAUGUUCGACAUCUUUCAGAGGAUGGUGUGAACACCUCCAAUCCCUAUCCCAUCUACAGUGCAUUGAACAAAAACUGCCUGCAACAUGGCCCCAUCCAAACUAAAUGGUUUGAGAUGGCUCCUCAUGAGGUUGGCUUCACAGAUCUGGGACUCUUCAUCAACACCUCACAUCUGGGCAGCAAAAUCCAUGAAGCACAUCCUGAAGAUGAAGGACCAGAGAUGGACAUGACUAAGUUGCUAGGUAUAAUGGGCAGCUCUGUAGCUGAUGAGAAAAGUGUUACAGAUUAUAUGCCUGACUGGCUGAAAGGUCUGUUGGGUACAGCAGCUACUGAUAAGAACAAGUCACUGGAUGUGGUGUCUCCAUGGACUGAAGUACCACAGCAGGCCAACAGUUACGUGGACAUCUUGGACCGUAUCAUGUGUGGGAACUGCAGUCUUCUUAAACUAUCAGAGCUGACAAGAAAUGGCACAGAGGUCUCCACCAUCUUAGCUGAGCUGGAAAACCUGCAGAAAAGACUCACAGAAUAUAUUAACUUCAUCUGCACUGCAUUGUUUAAAAAGAGGAGCCCAGAAUGUCAAAAGCUGAUCCUUGAGCAGUGGCAUAAGAUCAUGGCGCUCUUACAAACUGGGAUCCAGAGUCUGGAUGAAUCACCAAUCAAAGGGAAUGUCUCUUGGCUGCUCAAAAAAGUCUUCCCACUGAUUUGGAAAUGGGAAUGGGGAACCACUGAAAACUUCCUCUUCCAAUACACAGGUGCUGUGUUGCCAUCUUGUAUCAGAUACAUGAAACACCUGCAGCUGAUAGAUGCCGGUGUGAUGCUUAACACACCCUACCCUCCCUUCCUGGGAGAGAAAAGAGAUGUAGACCUCCUCAUUUCUCUGGACUAUGGAGCAGGCAAGACGUUCCAGACUCUGACUCUUGCUAGAGACUAUGCAGCUGCAGUGAAUAAGCCUUUCCCAGAGAUAGACGAGAAAAUCCUGGAGGAGAGAGACUGGCCGAAGGACUGCUAUGUGUUUGAGGGAAAAGAGAAGGAGCCCACCAUCGUCUACAUGCCACUCUUCAACAGAAACAACUGUAAAGAUGCGAUGGAGAUCAAAGCAAAGAUGGAGGAGUUCUCCUCCUUCCAGCUUCCAUUUAGUCAGGAGAAGAUUGAGUUUGUGUUGGAGAAGGCGAAAGCCAACAUGAUGAACAACAAGGAAACUCUACUGAGGGAGAUUUACAAGGCUGCUCUCCGCCGACUAAACAAGAGCUACAGGUCAUCAGCAGAAUCUGACAUCUAAAGUUUAUGGAUUGCCGAAAGGAAUCAGAAAAGAUACUUUAUUAUUGUUGAAACACUGUGUUGAAUUGUAAUUUAAAAAAUUGUAACAUGGAAACCAUAUUUAUGUCUGGCCAUGACUAACAUGUAGUAUCAUUAAUGAACCACCAGAGGUCUGUCUAGGCUCACUGUGUUUUCACGCAUAUCAGUGAAGUUUCUCCUGCAUCCCAGCCAUAAUCAGAACACUGACAGAUACAGUGACAUUAUGAAGAAUAUGUUAAAGCUUUAGAGGAUUGUUGUUUGUGCUCUAUUGUCCAUGUUACAACAGUGUUCCUGCUUAUUCUAUGAAGUAGAAACUCAAAAUAGUGAUCACAUGUUGUAUAUUGUAAUCGCAUUAAAGAUAUGUGUAAUUUUCUGCCUUUUGAAUGUCUAUAAACGAAUGCACCCAUGUUGUA